AUGGACGACUCAAUGUUCGACGUCGACGACGGCAGCUCGGACUUUGCGCCAGCUACAAAGGCAAAGGCCAAGCCAGUCAAGAAGGCCGCCGCCACGAAACCCGCAGCCAAAAAGUCAACUGCGCCCAAGGGGAAACCAGGACCGAAACCCAAGGCAGCUGUACCAAAGAAGCGCUCAAAGAAAGAUGAUGAGAAUGCGGCCUCGGAAGAUGAGUCCAUACCAGUCUUUGACGACGAGUCACUUUUGGGCGACACCCCACCGCAAGCGAAGAAGGCAAAGCCCAACCCAGUCAAAGGCAGCCACAAAAAGCCGCUUGGUGACGUGGUCAAUGAAGCCAUAGGUACCGAUGGCGCAAACGACUCGCCGCAGCCACAGAAGAAGAAACGUGUCUCGGAACAAUACCAGAAGCUGACACAGCUGGAGCAUAUUAUCAAACGUCCUGACACAUAUAUCGGCUCAGUCGAACGCACAGAGAAGCAGAUGUGGGUCUACAACACGGAGCAAGAUAGUAUGGAGUUCCGAGAAGUGUCGUAUGUCCCGGGUAUCUUCAAAAUCUUUGACGAAAUUCUGGUCAAUGCAGCCGACAACAAGCAAAACGACAAGACAAUGGACGAAAUCCGCGUCACAAUCGACCGAGGAAAGGGAGAAAUCAGUGUCUGGAACAACGGCCGGGGCAUUCCCAUUGAGAUCCAUUCAAAGGAGAAGAUCUACAUCCCUGAAAUGAUCUUUGGCCACUUGCUCACCGGCUCCAAUUACGACGAUAACGAACAAAAGAUCACUGGUGGGAGAAACGGUUACGGUGCCAAGCUCUGUAAUAUCUUCAGUACUGAGUUCACGGUCGAAACUGCAGAUUCCCGUCAGAAGAAGAAGUACAAGCAAAUUUGGACCAAGAACAUGUCUCAGAUGGGAAAGGCCAAAAUCACAGAUACCACCAAAGGCGAGGAUUUCACCAAAGUGACGUUCCACCCAGAUUUUGAGAAGUUUGGCAUGGAUGCCAUGGAUGAUGACCUCGAGGCGCUUUUCAAGCGCCGGGUCUACGAUUUAGCCGGCACCUGCAAGGGAGUUGCGGUAAAAUUGAACGGCUCCCGUGUUCCGGUGCGAAAUUUCAAGAAGUACUGUGAAAUGUACACCAAAGCUAUCAAGAAAGAGCGAGGCGAGGAAGCGGCAAACGACAGCUCUGAAAUCAUCACAGAGUCGCCGGAUCCACGGUGGGAGAUUGGGUUCGCUGUUUCUGAUGGCUCGUUCCAACAGGUGUCAUUUGUCAACUCCAUUGCCACAACCUCGGGAGGCACACACGUGAACUACAUUGCAGACCAGAUCGUCAACCGCCUGAUGGAUAUUGUCAAGAAGAAGAACAAAGGGGGCGCAGUCUUGAAGCCCAACCAGAUCCGAAAUCACAUCUUCAUCUUCGUCAACGCGUUGAUUGUCAACCCCGCGUUCACCUCUCAAACCAAAGAACAGCUUACCACCAAACCGAGUCAAUUCGGCAGCAAAUGCCAGGUUUCUGAGGAGUUUAUGAAGAAGGUGGCCAAGACAGAAGUCAUCAACAAUAUUUUGCACUUCGCGCAGCAAAAAGCUGAUCAGAUACUGAAGAAAUCAGACGGCAGCAGGCGGAGCCGUAUGAACAAUCCUAAGCUUACAGAUGCCAACAAAGCAGGUACAAGAGAAGGUCAUAAGUGCACCUUGAUCUUGACGGAAGGUGAUUCGGCGAAAGGGCUCGCACUGGCAGGACGGGCUGUUGUCGGACCAGAUCUGUUUGGCGUGUUUCCUCUUCGUGGCAAGCUUCUCAACGUUCGAGACGCAUCUAUCGACCAGAUCUCGAAAAAUGCGGAGAUCCAGAACAUCAAGAACUUCCUGGGACUUCAGCACAAGAAAGUCUACACGGAUACACACGGACUCCGGUAUGGGCAUCUCAUGAUCAUGACCGAUCAGGAUCAUGAUGGGAGCCAUAUUAAGGGCCUGUUGAUCAACUUCCUGCAGGUCCAGUUCCCCAGCCUGCUGAAGAUUCCAAAAUUUCUAGUUGAGUUCAUCACCCCCAUCGUCAAAGUGUACAGAGGCGACCCAAAGAAUCCAUCCCAAUCUCGGGCGUUCUAUACCAUGCCAGAGUACGAGGCAUGGAAAGAAGCACAUAAGCAUGAACGUGGUUGGGAACACAAGUACUACAAGGGAUUGGGUACCAGCACGUCUGAAGAUGCACAACAAUAUUUCAAUGACAUUGACAAGCAUCACAAGGAGUUCGACGUCAUGAAGGAUGAAGAGGCUUCCUUGAUAGAGUUGGCCUUUUCAAAGAAGAAGGCGGAUGAGCGAAAAGAAUGGCUGCGUCAGUUCAAGGCAGGGACAUAUCUCGACCACUCAGCGAAAAUAAUUUCGUACUCCGAUUUCGUCAACAAAGAGUUAAUCCUCUUCAGCAUGGCGGACAAUGUUCGAUCGAUCCCUUCUGUUGUCGACGGCUUGAAACCGGGUCAGCGGAAAGUCAUGUACGCAUGCUUCAAGCGAAACCUGAAGAAGGAUAUGAAGGUUGCCGAACUAGCAGGGUUGGUCAGUGGAAUGACUGCUUACCACCAUGGAGAGGCGUCUCUGCAGCAAACAAUUGUUGGCUUGGCACAAGACUUUGUUGGCUCGAACAAUGUCAACCUUCUGGAGCCGUCUGGUCAAUUCGGUACGCGGAAUCAAGGUGGCAACGACUGCGCCAGUGCUCGUUACAUCCACACCCGUCUAUCGCCAUUCGCGAGGAAACUUUUCCACACGGAUGAUGAGGCACUGCUCAAGUACAAUACAGACGAUGAACGGACAAUCGAACCCGAAGUAUAUGCCCCGAUCAUUCCUAUGGUCCUUGUGAAUGGCGCUGACGGUAUCGGUACUGGUUGGAGUUCUUAUAUUCCAAAUUAUAAUCCUGAGGACAUUGUGGAGAAUCUCAAACGCAGAAUGAACGGCGAAGAUUGGAAACCCAUGCAGCCCUGGUAUCGAGGCUUUAAGGGCGAAGUCAAAGCAGGUGGUCCUGAUCGAUUCCUUUUUAGCGGCAUCAUCAAGCAAACAGCCGACAACGAAGUGGAAAUCACCGAACUGCCAAUCCGAACAUGGACACAGGACUUCAAGGACAAGCUUGAAGAGAUCAUCAAGGCUGAAAAGGUGCCAUCCUUCAUCAAGGACUACAAGGACUACAACACCCACGAGACUGUGCACUUCGUCAUUCAGUUGGAUGAGAAACACAUGAAGUCUGCUGUGGAGGAGGGAUUGGUGGAGAAGUUCAAACUCACCAAGUCCAUUGCAACAUCAAAUCUGGUCGCAUUUGACCCGGAGGGACGCAUCACCAAAUAUGCCAACGUGGAAGCCAUCAUGGACGAGUUCUACCGCUAUCGUCUCCAGAUGUACGCCAAGCGAAAGGAGUGGCUUCUGGAAGAUAUGAACAAAACGCUCCGGCGCCUGACCAAUCAAGCACGCUUCGUGCAGAUGAUCAUCGAUGGCAAGCUAAACAUCUCCAAGAAGAAGAAGGCUGUCCUCGUCGCAGAACUGAAGAAGCUCGGGUUUGACGCUUACCCGAAAACUGUAGAUGCGUCCAAGCAGAAUGAAAUUCUGCCAGUGGCCGAAGAGGACGCCGAAGACGAAGACGAGGGAUCUGUCGAUGCCAGCGCCUAUGACUACCUUCUCGGCAUGCCUCUCUGGUCUCUUACACAAGAACGUGUAGAGAAGCUCCUGAGACAAAUUGGUGACAAGGAGGCCGAAGUCGAUGCCCUGAUGAAAAAAUCCAAGGAGGAUCUAUGGAGAGAGGACCUUGACGAAUUCAUUUCUGAAUGGAGGUUCCAGCUCGAGGAUCAACAUAACCGAAAGCGAAACAUUCGAAAAGGGAGACGUGAGUCAAAGAAGUUUGCCACAGCGCUUGGCUCGAAAGCUGUCAAGAAGCGCAAGGGUCUUGGUGACUCCGACGAUUCCGAUUUUGAGAUGUCAGCUCCCAAAGCGAAGAAGACUGCGCACGCAGCAAAGCCGGCACAGAAACAACGCUCGAUUACGGCCUACACUGCUCCCAAGACCAAUGCUUUGAAAAAUGCGAUGGAGCAUCGUAAGCUAUACACUGAUGGUUCCAGUGAGGGGACCGAGCCACCUGCAACUGCGCAGCCUGAAACCAAUGGGGAUAUUGCGACUGUCAAGGACGAAGCCAAUUCGGAGGAGGAUCCCCCGAAGCCGGCCAACAGGAAAGCCCGUGCCGUCACAAAGAAGCCGACAAAUUAUGCUUUGAUCAGCGAUUCUGACAGUGACAAUGGAGACGGCUUGCUUGCGGAUCUUGGUGAUAUGGUCAAGGGACUUCCCAGCAAAACAGCGAAUGACCCCGCCAACGAAUCGAGAACCCUAUUCUCCGCUUCCGCCUCCCGGCCGACCAGCAGUCACGGCCACAUGGUGCCAGUAAAACCAGCGCCAAAAGCCACUUUGGAUCUGUCGGAUGACGAGACUGAUUACAAGAUGCUGGCUCCUCAACAAUCGCCUCGACGCUCCAUCGUUGUCACGAACAAGGAAGAAUCAAAAGUCGCCGACGAGUCCGAGGACGAUAUCAUCCCUAAGAAAGCCAAUGCUACGGCCGGCGCGGGUGAUGAUGAUUCCGAAAGUGACGCGGUCAUGGCCAAAGCCAGCAAGAAGGUCCCUGCGAAAAAGGCAGCUAAGGAUACGCAACCCAAAGCUAAGAAAGCUCCUGCAAAGAAGGCGGCUCCUGCGACGAAGAAGGUUCAACAGUCGCCGGUCGCCAAGGCCUAUGCAAAGCGACUGGCCAAGAAGAGGGUGGUGGACUCAGACGAUGAUAUGGAUGCCGAUGCUUUAGCGGAUGACAUUCUGAAGUCUCCAACUGCCUCUGAAUCCGAUGAGCCCGUCACCCGGAAAUCCGCAGCUAGACCUCCGAGACGAGCUGUUGCUGCAAAGAAAACCUAUGCAUUUGAUGAUGACGAUGAGGAGGACGGCGAUGCGGGCUUCUCAGAGGAUGGAUUUUCAGAGAGCGAUUAG